AGCAGUCUUUCAGAUGGUGUUGUCGCGAGAACAAUAGAAUUUGGAAGUUAAAGAAAAAGAAUUUUGAGUGAAACUGUCUGAAGUCUUGUAAUAAAGCUUUAUUAAGUAUUUUGUUGUAAUUUAUUUCAUCUUUUAAAUGAUUUACAAACAUCUGACAAACUAAACUAGUCUUAAAAUGUUGGAAAGUGUAUCGUUAUGCAAAGAAAUUUAAGUGAAUGCAAAUGCAAUAUAUAUCCAACACAACAAAAAUAUUAUGCCUCUUGUUUAUUUUGUUGUUUCUAUUGCCUCAAUAUUUGUGUGUAAAUACGUGUUAAAAGUGUAAUUAUUGGCAAUAAGAUAACAAUAAGUUUUUUUGAUGGGCUAGAAGUCAUAAACAAAAAAUUAAACUGCAGAACUAUUAAACAUUUUAAUAGAUUUAGCGGCAGUAAAUAAAAUUCAACUAUUCGCAAAAUGGUUUCUUUGAUAAAAAAUCAACUUUUGAAGCACUUGUCCAUAUAUACAAAAAAUCUAUCAUCAGACAAAAUUAAUUUGAGUACGUUUCGUGGCGAAGGUGAACUAUCGAAUCUGCAAUUGGAUGAAGCUGUACUGACAGAGCUGCUCGAACUGCCGUCUUGGCUCCGUUUAACAUCUGCCUGGUGUAACCAUGUGUCGUUUCGUAUUAGUUGGACAAAGCUGAAAAGCUUGCCUAUAACAUUGACACUGGAUGAAGUAAAUAUAACCGUGGAAACAUGCGAACCGAACUCACGUAAUCAAGACAACGGCUCACCGAGCGGUUUGCAGUCCAUACCACAGGUGCCACAGGGUAAAUACAGUUAUAUACACAAAGUGGUUGAUGGCAUCACAAUUAUUGUAAAUACGGUGAAUGUAAAAUUUUUAAGUCCGGCGUUCACAGCCUCAGUUCAGAUGUCUCGCAUACGUGUUGAGUCAAAAACACCAAAAUGGGCUAAUGGUGAUUUGCGUCUAACACGGCUCAAAGAUGCACAGAAAGGCAUUAUACUCAUAUUCAAAGAACUAUCAUGGCAAACAGUACGAAUUGAAGCCAGUUCCACACAGGAUAAGUCACUGACACCACUGCGCUUACUCACAAAUCACGCGCGGUGUCGUAUUACAAUACGAAAGCGUUUAUCUGAUUGCUCCUUGCUAGCAUCGCGUUUAGUUUUAAUAUUGGAUGAUUUGUUAUGGGUACUUACUGAUUCACAGUUGAAAGCAGCCUUACACUUCGUUGACUCAUUAUCGGGCUUAAUAAAAGCUGCAACUCAUGCUACUCAAAAGACUAAAGCUGCCAAAAAAAUUGAGACAUUACCAGAGUAUCAAGCACAAAUUGCUCAGCAAUUGAAUCGCCAGUCAGAGACACACACAACAACUGCUCAGAAAAUGUUUAACGCCUUUGAUGUGAGAGAAACUUCGUAUCAUUUCUUCAGUCAGCGGAUCGAUUUACAUUUAUGUGAUGAUGAAGGAGAUGGUCGUUCAAGAUAUCCUGAUUUGGAUAAGGGUGGCGCUUUACAAAUAUCUGUGCAAGCAUUUCAAAUCGAUUAUUAUCCGUACCAUUUAGCUAAAUCGGAUCGAAUGCAUUGGGCUAAAUAUAAAGAAGCAUCUGUCUCGCCGGCGCUUUGGCUAAAAGAAUCAUUAAAUGCCUUUCGUGAAGCAGUACUUAGUUUAAGUCAACCAAAUCGUCCAUCUACACAUGCGCCUUUAGAACGUACAACACCAGCUUCACCAGUAACACUAAACGCAAGUGCAUUAACAACACAAUAUUCCAAAUAUAGUAGUGAACCGGUAUCAAGUGGUAGUAGUACACCAAGUGCUAAUGGAAUUGGCACUGGCUCGAAUACAUCGCCUAGCAAUCAAGCAAUACAUUCUUAUCAACAUAAAACUACUAUGGAUAAUUUGGCUAAACUAAUGAGUGCCUGUGUUAUACUAAGAAUUGAGGAUUUUACCUUGUAUCGCGUAACAACAUCGGGUAAAAAGCAAAUGCCAAAGGAGUUCAUAUCAGGUGAUAAAGAUCGAUAUUCUUUUCCGGCCGAUAUACCAAUCAUACAUGCAGAAUUUACUUAUUUUUACUAUCCCGGUGAUUUUAUAUUUCCAUUACCACCGUCCAAGAUAUUUGUACACAUCAAUCCUCUUCAAGUACACUUUGAUUUAAGUUCAAUUUUAUGGUUAAAUUCAUUUGGUUUAAAUCUGCACGAAAGCUUAUUGCGUACGAGUGUUGGCUCACCAGCGUCAAUAGAACGUGGAUCAAUAUCUUCUAUUGGUUCAAAUGGUACACAAUUGCCAGCAUCUGCUGGUUCACAAACAUUUCGUAUGGAACAAGAACCAUCGUUAAUGUACAUGGAUGUAAAAGUGGAAGCAAUUAUGCCACGAAUUGUUAUCGAGUCAUCAAUAGAAACGCCUAAUCAGAAAGAUCGUCCUAAAAUAAUGCAAAUACAAAUAUCACGUUUUGCUUUAACCAAUAUACGUGAAAUGGGUUCAUCUCGUGCUGAUCUUGCACAAGCCUUACAUUCGCUGCAGGAAGGUUCACUUGUAUUUGGCACAGGUUUUCCUUCCACAAGCGGAGACAUGUGCAUAGUAACGGAUCGGAUAUUAUCACACGUUGCUGCUUCGGAUGUCAGCAAUAUACCACAUGCUUCAAAUUCUUCUAUACCAAAAUCAGCUUCAACACAAAAUCUAUCUCGUUAUGCCAUGUGGUCAGAACCACGUGAUGUUUGGUGCAUUAAGCUUGAUCCAGUUUGGGUUGAUUUUCUUGGUGCACGUUCAUUGGGACCAAAUAAAUCGAUACCAUUUGUAGACGCAGUUCCUAUAACUUUAUGGUUACAUUCUGGUGAUGGUGCCACAGCUACCUUAGCUGCUGGUACUGAUUCACUGACGUCAACAGCAAAAAAUUCAUCCAUUGAAACAAACAUUUAUCGCAUGGAUUAUGCAAAUAGUAAUAAUUUACCACGUAAUCCAUUUUUAAGUGAAGAAGAUUUACGUGCCGAUAGAAAAUCACAGUGUUCGAAUGGUUUAUCUGCUGGUAGUGGUGCAAGUGUGUCCAAAGAGCGUACAGCAGAUAUGCAUGCUAUAGCGCAUAUAUCCAAUUUAGUUAGUAUACAAAUCGAUCAUUAUCAAUAUUUGUUCCUAUUGCGUUUAGCUGAAGAAAUGAAUGAAAUGUCUACAUUUCUGUCAUUAGAUGCGGAACGUAUACUACAAAAGCAAAAUAAUAAAAAAUCAAUUGUCUUUGGUUGUGUGAUACCACAAAUUGAAAUCACGCUUGUGAUGCCGUCACCAACACCUGGUAAGGAAUCUAGUGGUGGUGAUGCUGAAAGUGUGUUACCAGAUUCAGCUAGUUUGGGUGAUGAUUUACACAUGAAUAGUACAAAUAUGAUGUGGCCACCGCCGCCUUUAGAUCAAAUUAAGAACAACACAUUCGGAAGUGUUGAAACACCUUCACCUAUAACAAAUGAACCACCGUAUGAUAGUAUACAUAUUUCAAAUCCCAAUACACAUGGUUAUAAUGUACAAAUACAAAGCACGCCGACUGUAGCUUCAUCAACACCGAGUCAAGGUUCUCGUCCAGAUACUGGAGUAUAUUCACAAUCAAUAGCCUCAUCUUCAAAAAGUUUUAAAUCAACACGUAAUUCUGCUAGUGACGCAACAAGCAUAACAAAAGAAAUUAAUUCCAGUCUGUUAUCUAUGAAAAAAGGUUUUUCCAGUUUUAUGACUUCCAUUGAUUCUGCUAUUAAAUCUGGUGCUCCAAAUGAUGAUGCCAGUGAUACGUUUUCGAUACAAAGUGAUAUCAGCUCAGAUUCAGAAAAUUUCGCUAUUGUUAUGGGUGAUGAUAAGACUAUGGAUUGCAUUGAUGUGAUGUUUAGAUUAAAUCCCUUUACAAAUGAUACUAAUUUAAAAGCGUCGCCAGUAGAGAUUGCUAGUGAAGUUUAUGAAGAGCCAAACUACAAAACUAAUUUAUCUUCACCUUCUGAACCAUCAGAGGCAAGCACCUGGCGUAGACGCGAUUUAGUUUCAAUGGCGACUUUCAGGUUGACAACUGUUGAACUGAUACGUCAGAAUGAAGGGUAUAGUUCUGCAUUGCGUGUUCAAGUUGCGGCUAUAUCAUGUGAUGAAUGUGGCGCUAUACCCUGGGAUGAGUUACAGACAAAAUUUGGUGCUCGUUGUAAAGCUUGGAAUUUGGCACCAUAUAAUCCUGAAGCUCCACCUUGUAUACGUUUACGCCUGGAGGAGACAUUGCAUCCGCCGCAAGGUGCCAUUGUUAUAACAGAUAAAAAAUGCAUACAGAAUUGGUUUACACAUAAUGCUGAUAUACGUGUCAGAGAUGUUAAUUUAGAUUUAUCGAUGAGCACCGUUAUCGGUUUAGGUGAUUUGGCGGAAGAUGAAAUUAUAUCAAAUCCAUUGCCAGUAAAUAUUCUGUUAGAAAAUGUUAAAGUUAAUUUAAUUGAUGAUCGGCCGCCAGUUAAUAUAACCUCACCAGGACCAACGCCUAUAAAUCUGUCCAUUGGUCGUAUGCAUUUAAAGCGUGAUAAAAAUGGUGUUUUAAAUAUACAACCAAUUGAUAUAAAUUUACCAGGAACGACUGCGGCUAAUUAUCCUUUAACGUCAGCAGUUUUGAAUGCAACGGCACCACGUGAUAGAGAACGUGAUCGCGAGUUAUUAUCAAUGCAACUUGUUAUGCAGCAAUUAAAAAUGGAUAACGAAAAUCUACGUAAACAAUUAGUCAAUGCCAAGGAGAAUGCAGAUACUUACAGACAAAAAACAAAACAGGACAAUGAUGUCCUACGUUCCUAUUUGAAAGCAGCUCAAGAUGAUAUUACCAUAUUAUUAGAAGAAAAGAAAGCUUUGUUGGAUACCAUACGUUCCUUACAGCUCCAGCUGACAUCUUCGAAUAUGAAUAGAAAAGGCGAAGGUAAUAGGUAGCACAACUGCAUGGACUGCAUCCAGUGCUGUGGCGAAAAUAACAAUCCAUAAAAUCAGUAUAUAUAAAGUUUGAAUAAAAGAAAAUUGUGUUAUAUAUAUAUAUAUAUCUACAUAUAUAUGUAUAUAA